GAGGGCAAACCAAACAUCAAACAGUCUUUGUCGGCGGAGCAACGCGUUAAGAUGUGAUGUGCGGUGUCUCGCUUGAAUGUGCCUCGAAAUACAAGAAUAAAAGAAUCUGAACGAAUUCAGUCAAAACGAGAAAACAACGAACGGAGAGAAACAAAACAAACAGAUAAGAGACCGCGUGCCAAACGAAGUGUAAAAACGAAAACACAAAUGCGAAAACGAAUCUGUGCAAAUAGAGAAGAACAAAAGAAUCGUUGCAGCAAACGACUGAAUUGCAGCGGUCGUGUUUAGACCAAAAAUUGCUGCAACGCUGAAUCGAGUGUUGCAGCAUAAAUGCAUUGCUAAUGUGGAUCAGUUAGGCAUGGUCCGUCACGAAAGACGGUCGAAGGCCGCGACCGCAACAGCACCACCAAGAAUGAGUGCGGCGGACCGGACAAGAAAAACGCGGACUAUAAGACAAAGUGCAGUUUAUUGGAUUGUUCUGACCCUGUGCGUGAUAGAAGUGCAUGUGGCGCGUUUUGCUUUGGCUCUGGAUGCAGAGGCAUUUGGAAAUUAUGAUGUGGUGGGUGUCGGCGGCACAGCCCAUGAACCGAGAUUCGGCGAACGAUUAUUGCCGUUGCGUAAGAAGAACGUUAACGCAAACGUUAUUAGUCGGACGGGUGGUAAAGUUCUCGGGACCAGCCACACAGCGCCCAGUGUGGCCGAGUCCAAUGUAAAUAAUCUAUUGAAUAGAAGUAAUUAUGUAGUAAGUGUAGAAAGUGAUGCUAGAGUGAGACCCAAAGGUGAUGUGCUAAAAAACCGGGAAACCCACAGUCCCGAAGCAUUCACGCUGGCUGUGGAAACUUUGGAUGAUCACGCAUACGAGACGGUCACUGUUUCGCCAAGAACCCGCAAGGCGAAGCAAUUAAAUCGGCGCGAAGAUAUCAAUGUAGCGGAUGUGGCAAAUGUGAUUUUGAGUAACGUCUCGAAGGCCGAUCGACUGGUGGAAAUGUCUACUGAGUUCUUUUUAGUGCCAACAAGUUCGACGACCAGUCCCCCAAAUACAUCGGUACCUGGCAAGGGUGGAUCCAAAGGCCGUGGUCUGCCAAAUUUUAUACAGCCGACUUUAAAUCCCCCAGUGGGUCCUCCCCGAUCCGUGCUUAUAGUUGCACCGAAAUCCACGACAAACGCAAACAAUUCGGCGACUCCUCCAACGAUUGUCUCGACGCAUCCCACUUACACGGGUCUGCGCAAGGAGCCAUGGGUUGUGCCCGUUUUGGUUUUAGCCUCCUUGACCAUGCUCAUGAUGGCAGCAUUUGAGAUAUUCGUGCUUUUUAAAGCCUGGCGAACUUCGCCAUCCAGGCGUCAUCUGUUCUUAGGUCAAAUGCUGCUGCUGGGACUGUUUGCUUGCGCGGGCCUGGGGGCAAUAAUUACCGCCCAGCCAUCGCUGCUUACCUGUGGCACAAUACGCUUUGGCGUGGGAGUAGCAUAUGCUCUAGUCUUCGCUGCUCUUCUGGUGAAAUGUGUUUUUCUUAUAAGCCUCAAUGGUGGUGUGUAUUUGCCAGCUCCAUACCAAGGUCUACUGCUGCUUUUUGCCGUUCUAAUACAGGUGGCCAUCGGAAGCCAGUGGCUGAUAACCUCACCGCCUGAAUUGUUUACUCUCUCUGUGCCCUUUGGCGGCAACAACCUGUUGGCAACCCCAAUGUCCUCCCAAGGCGGUGAAAGGUCGACAGCAGCAACAUUCUCCUCAAUAUUUCAUGGAUCAACGACUGGCGAUGUGUAUGCGCGCAUAACUGCAACGGGAACGGUGCUUAUUCCACUGUGCAAAACUCAAUUUUCCGAGUUUUUAUUCUCGCUCAUCUACAUAGUGUUCCUGAUUGUGUUUGUGGCAGUUUUGGCAAUUAAAUCGCGAGGAAUUCGUGACAAUUAUCGCGAGGCCACUUACAUUGGACUGACCAUAGGAGGCGCCAUACCCAUAUGGUUGGGUUGGAUGCUAUGCGGCCUGGCAGUGGCCGAGAGACAUAAGGAUGCAUGCAUAGCUUUUGGACUCAUCGCCACCUCGGCCACAGUGUUUUUGGUCAUGUUUAUGCCCAAAGGCAGACAACUGGCCGCCAUGGGAAAGGAGGGGCUCUAUGUGGAGGAUAGAGAAGAACAAUUCAGUUCUCUAAGUCGCGGAGGAUCCGGAUACUCGCCGUCGUUCUUUCAUUUUAAGCCGAUUAAAUAUGGAGUUAUGAGCGGCGGAGGCGGUGGCUUUCAAAAUUGUGCCUCUAAUUCCGGUAACGGUGCAAACAUGAAACAUUCUUCAAAUGGCCUUAAUGCAGGAGAUCGAGUUGCAUUGGUGACUGCUGCUCCACCCAGCUAUACCCGUAUGUAUCACUAUUUUCCAGCACAUUUGACAACGCACCCGUUCUGCUUCUACCCACAACCCCCACCACCGCCACCACUCGCACCGCCUGGUAUAACGCAAUUGCCGGCUCCGCCAACACUGAAACACUUGGGCAACUCUUUGAGCUCCAUGACACAGGCACAUAUAGCACAAACCCUUAGAUAUCCAGGUUUAUUCAUACGACCCGAUGACACCAACUUGUAUACAACUUUGGAGCCAACGUUAAGCAGCAACCCCAAUGUAUAUUUUCAGCGCGGCGGUGCUGUCCACCCGGGCAUGAUGUACUAAUUUAGCAACGAUCGCCACAC